UCAGCAGCGCUAUAUCGAAAUCAGUCUUAAUUUCAUUUGUGUUGUGAUCACAUCGAAAGCGGAAUGAGAUACUUUAUAGUACUUUUAUUUUUCGGAAUAGCCUGGCAAUAUAGUUUGGCAGCAGUACUGCCGAUUAAGCCUGAUUCCCCGUCAUUAUCAGUUUCCGAAAAAGAAGAGAAUGUUCAAUUGGAUAAUAUUUUGGGACCAAAUCUAUCAGAGGAAACUAUAACUAAUCCAUUUCUAACCCAUUUGGAUUCAUUGAGGACAAAUGAAGAGCCUUCCGUCAAAGAAAAUACUGAGAUGUUUGGCAAUGAAGACCAGCUUAAGACCGAAUCUCCGCCAUUAUCAAAUUCCGAGAAAGACGAGCCACUUCAAUGGAAUAUUUAUGAUCAGAGAUUAGAUCUAUCAGAGGAAACUAUAAAUAGUAAUGUACUAAUGGAGACUGCAAGAACAACGUAUAUUAAGCGAACCCAAACUGAUCAAUCUCUACCAAUUUGGAUCUUCUUAAAACUCAUAAUUCUAAUAAUAGGAUUGUUUUGUUGGUGUGCCAACAAACGUGAUACAAAUUAAUUUCGAUUACUGCUUG